AUUUAUGGUCCAUCUGACCAUUCCUUUAAUAUCAAGGCAAUUCUUUAACACUAUGGGCUAUACUGAAUUGUACUGAUUAAUCAAUAAGUGCUCGGACGUGUAAUCACAUUUUGUACAUAAUGCCUUAUAUGCUAUCCACAGUGUAAUCAAAAUACCAUCAUGCACCAUCAAAAUCUUUUAAAAAACAACACACAAUCAUAACUGCCCUAUCACACUCAUCUGUGAUUGGUUAGUCAGAGAUUAGUCGGCAUAUAAGUCUAUUCUGUUCCUGACCUUGGUGGCUCUGCCCCAUCAUUAACUGGGAGAGCACAAUGCCUCACGUGGUAACAGAUCUGGUCUUUAUGGGGCUCCUGUUCACAUUUGGAGCAGCAAAGAGGAAAAGCGCUCCUCUCUGUCGGAUUCUCGGGAAUCCAGAGCCCCCCCUGUUGUCUAAGGAUGGAGAUAUGGUGAUUGGAGGAGCAUUUUCAAUCCACAGCAAAAUCACACAACCUCCACUUACCUUUACAGAGAAACCUACACAUCUAACAUGUUCAAGGGUAAACCUCAGGGAGUUCCGGUUCGCUCAGACUAUGAUCUUUGCAAUUGAGGAGAUAAACAAAAAGGAAUUUCUUCUUCCUAAUGUUUCUAUUGGAUAUCGUAUUUAUGAUAACUGUGGCUCCACGCUAUCAUCAAUGCGUGCUGUGAUGGGCCUGAUGAAUGGCGGUGAGUUAACAGUGGGAAAGAUUUGCUCAGGGCAAUCAGCUGUUCAUGCUGUUAUCGGGGAGUCUGAAUCUUCUUCUACCAUCGUGCUGUCCCGCACUACUGGACCGUUCAAAAUACCAGUGAUAAGCCAUUCAGCUACUUGUGAGUGUCUGAGCGACAGAAACAAGUACCCCUCUUUCUUUCGGACCAUUGCAAGUGACCUCUACCAAAGCCGAGCUCUCGCCCAGCUGGUCAAGCACUUUGGCUGGACCUGGGUCGGUGCAGUCAACAGUGACAGCGACUACGGCAACAACGGCAUGGCAAUCUUCCUCUCUGCAGCUCAGGAGGAAGGAGUGUGUGUGGAAUAUAUAGAGAAAUUUCACAGAGCAGAGCCGGAGAAACUCACGAAGGUGGUAGAAGUGAUCCGAAAGAGCACUGCUAAAGUCAUCGUUGGUUUCCUCGCUCAUGUUGAAAUGAACAACCUUCUUAAGCAGUUGAGUCUGCACAACGUCACAGGCCGGCAGUUCAUUGGUGUGGAGGCCUGGAUCACUGCCAACAGCCUUGUGACUCCUACCAGCUUUAGUGUGCUUGGAGGUUCACUGGGGUUUGCUGUGCAAAAGGCUAAUAUAAGUGGCAUGGAGGACUUUUUAAUCAAAGAUUUCUGGGAGACUGAGUUAAAGUGCAAGGAUGCUUUAUCAACUUGCAAUGAAUACCAGGAUCUACUUGAUUUCAAAGAUUAUUCUGAUGAUGUGGCUGAGCUCAGAUACUCCAGUAACAUAUACAAAGCUAUCUAUGCUCUGGCACAUUCUCUGCACAGCAUCCUGAGGUGCUCAGAAAGUAAUGGUUGUGACAAGACUGUUAAAGUAACUCACCAGCAGGUCGUGGAGUCUUUAAAAAGGGUCAACUUUACCAUUAAGAACGGAGAUCAAGUGUGGUUUGACAGCACUGGAGCAGCCGUGGCUCGAUAUGAAGUGGUGAACUGGCAGCGGGGAUCAGAUGGCUCAGUCCAGUUUCAACCUGUCGGCUACUAUGAUGCCUCACUCCCUCCUGGACAGAAGUUCGUCCUCAAGACUGAAGCUAUAACAUGGCCUGGGGGGAAAACAGAGUUACCUGUAUCAGUGUGCAGUGAGAGAUGCCAACCUGGAACUCAUAAAGUCCUUCAGAAAGGGAAGCCAGUCUGCUGCUAUGACUGUGUACAGUGUACAGAGGGAGAAAUAAGCAACAGCACAGAUUCAAAUGACUGCAAAAAGUGUCCCGACGAGUAUUGGUCCAAUCAGCACAGAGAUGCAUGUAUAGUGAAAAACAUUGAGUUCCUAAGCUACACUGAGGUUAUGGGUGUAAUACUGAUAUUUUUCACUUUGUUUGGUGUGUUUCUGACUUUAAUUGUUGUGAUUCUGUUCAUUAUAUAUAAAGACACUCCCCUGGUGAAAGCUAACAACUCCGAGCUGAGCUUCCUCCUGCUCUUCUCCUUAACUUUAUGCUUCCUGUGCUCUCUCACUUUCAUCGGCCAGCCCUCUGAGUGGUCCUGCAUGCUGAGACACACAGCAUUUGGCAUCACCUUCGUCCUCUGUAUAUCAUGUAUUCUUGGCAAAACUAUUGUUGUCUUAAUGGCAUUUAAAGCCACACUUCCAGGCAGGAAUGUGAUGAAAUGGUUCGGGCCUGCACAGCAAAGAAUCAGCGUGCUGGCUUUCACUCUGGUACAGGUUUUAAUCUGCAUACUUUGGUUGACGAUAAAACCUCCUUUCCCAUUCAAAAACAUGAAACACUACAAGGACAAGAUCAUCCUCGAGUGUGCCCUGGGAUCACCUGUGGGCUUCUGGGCUGUCUUAAGUUACAUCGGGCUUCUUGCUCUCUUGUGUUUUAUUCUGGCCUUUCUGGCUCGAAAGCUGCCCGAUAAUUUCAAUGAAGCGAAAUUCAUCACCUUCAGCAUGCUGAUAUUCUGUGCAGUCUGGAUCACAUUUAUCCCAGCAUAUGCCAGCUCUCCAGGAAAGUUCACUGUGGCUGUGGAGAUAUUUGCCAUUUUGGCCUCCAGUUAUGGGCUACUUUUCUGCAUUUUUAUGCCAAAAUGUGUCAUUAUUUUGUUUAGACCUGAGCAGAAUACUAGGAAACACAUAAUGGGCAAAGCAUCAACUAAUGAUAUACGUUAUUAA